CAUAUCUAUUUACUUUAUCACGGUGAAAUGGUGUGUAAUUGGUAGUACAUAUUACGGUGGUCGUAGGUGUACGUUCUUUUAGCCGUGGUCGUCACUCGCAACUGGGUUCGUCAAUUACUGUUUUUUUUCAUUAUUUUUUCGGACCGGCACUACGCCGCUCUGAACUACACGGUUCGAAAAUUCACGACCACGGCCUACGGGUACCGACAAUAAUUUUUACCGUCUCUGUAAAAACUAUUCGCCAAUUUAACGUGUUCCACACUACUAUUAUGUGAAAGCGUGCGUUCGUUCGAUAAUCAUACUAAUUUUCAUAGUAAGAUGACGAAUCCGUCUUUGAUACUUCCACAGUACCAUAAGUACCUCAAUGGCGCGCCCGUACCGUUUAGCAGGCGGACCAGGAGGAACAGUGAAUUCUGCUUGGUCGCGUUGGUGUUCGUUUCGCUGACCAUUAUAUGUUUCGGUGCCGUAUUCUAUUUGCCCGAAUUUAAGGCUUCGUACGGCGGGACCAUUAACAAUGUCUAUAAGCACAUCCAGAACGCAGGGCCCGAAUUGUUGUUGCCGCCCCACGGAAAUGCGAAACACGACGGUGUACUGGAAGAUCCGCAUGCAGCUUGGGACAAAAAAGCAUUAUUCGCGAAGAUCGACGAGGAUUAUUUAGAUAAAAGAAAAGUAUUGGAAAGACCAGAUACGGGCGAUGCUUUCAAACAGAAUAUUAAUGUUAAAAAUAUUAGUUUCUAUCCCCACGCCGAAUCAAUUGUCGAGCAUAAUGACAUCGGUCAGAACAAUGAAAAUAUCGAACUUCGACAAAGACGAGACAAAGUCAAAGAAGUGAGUUCAAUUUUGUAUUUAUAUGUGGUAUGUGGUCCACUAGUAUAAAUAAUAUUUUAACUCCGUUAAAUUGUUAAUUUAGCAAAAUGUAUUUUUAUGCAAAAAGAAAAACGUAUUCCCCCAUCCCGUCUACAUUAAAAUAGGAAUGUUUAUAUCAUUUUAGUUGUUGUAUUAAGAAAUAUUAGUUACGUUUAUACCGAAAAGGUUAACGCAAUCAAAAAAUAAUGCAUUUAUUCUUACAUUUAAUAAACUUGUAUGGUACUGGAAAAAGACUAGAAUAUUGUUAAAUCUUUUUUAUUAUUAUCUAUUGGUUUAUAUUCAAUUACAGAAACUUACUAUAACAGCAGUACGAAUAUUGCUUUAUAUCAUAAUAUUAUGGGUUUAAUGAAUUCUUAUACUUGUAUAAGCAACAAAAAUAUUUUCAAAUCGUAAGAUAAAUAUAAAUUGUUUAUUUCACCAUCUAGCUUCCUUAAGAAUGCAAUGCACAAACAAUAAGUUAAUUUUGACUGGAGAUCUUGGAUGAACUAUAAUUUUUAUUUUUUCCUCACAGACUAAAGUGUAAGGUACAUACCAUAAUUUAAUACAUUAUUCAUUAUUAUCAGUUAUCACUAAUAAAAUUGUUAAAUGUUAUAAAUGUAUUAUGUAUAUUUUAUUAUUGCUGAUAAAUUAUGCAUUAUUAUAGAUAUGUUAUUUGCAUUUUAACCCGUAGUUUGGAAAAUGGAAAAAAAUAUUGAAAAUAAAAGCUGGUAAUUAAGUUUAAAAAAUUUUGUUCCAAAGCAAAUGUAAAUAUUGGUAGUCCAAACAUGAAUUAAAUUUAAUAAUUAAUUUGAUAAUAGGUAGGUAACCAACAUUUUUUUUUUUUUGUUAAAAAAAAUAUAUGACAUUUACAAUCUGUAUAUAAAUAAAACAAAUACAAUAAGCAAAUAUGAGAACAAUUUAUGACGGAAAGGGACAAUGAGAAGGGAAGCUAUCCAGUGAUCAGACCCUAUGACAUUACUCUUUUAUUAUUUUGCAUUUCUGUUAAGCUAGCGCUUUUUUCAAAUUAGUAGGUCUCGACACCAACGUCUUUUUAGACGACGAACAAUAUUUUAAAAUAAAAAUCUGAUGUAUUUAACACAUUUUAUAAGAAAUGUUUUAUUUAAAUGAUAGAUAGGUACUUUCAUUUUAAACAUAACUUUUGAUAAAUUAUUAUUGUUUUAAUUUUGAUUACUGAACAAAUAACAGCUGUGCUGCACAAAUAUAGAAUAUUGACUCUGGGUUGAUUCAAUAAAUAUGUUUGCUGAACCUGCGAAAAAAAGUAAUGGGGACUCUUAAAAAUCCUUUAAACAUUGAUUAACAAAUAAAAUGUUUUUUAUUUAAAAUUGUCUGGAUAUUUAUGUUUUAAGUUUAUAAACUUAACAUGUACCUAAUGCCUACCUAUUUAAUUAUUUUAAUUAUAAAUUUAUUUUGUUCUUUAAAAAUAAAAUUAUUAUUUUUAAUUAAAACUUUAAGUAAUUAUAUUAUUAUAGUUGAAAUAUUGUCUCUUUUUAAAAAAUGUCAAUCUUAAUAAUUAAUUUUUUUUUUUUAGAUGAUGAAACAUAGUUGGGAUAGUUACGUAAAAUAUGCAUGGGGUAAAAAUGAAUUAAAGCCAGUAUCAAAACAUGGUCAUUCUGGCAGUGUAUUUGGAUCAGCAAAUAUGGGUGUUACUAUUGUGGAUUCAUUGGAUACACUGUUAAUUAUGGGCUUAAAUGACGAAUACAAACUUGGAAGAGAUUGGGUUGCUAAUAACUUUACUUUAGAAAAUGUGGUAAGAAAACUAUUUUUAAUUAGAUGUAUUUAUUUUGACCAUUAAAAUCUAUUAAUCACUUUAUCCAUGUAGAAUAUUAUAAUGGUAGCCAAUAAAUUUUAGGAGAUUUUAUGUAUAUACUAGAUUAUGUUAAAUUUCCAUUCUUAUUAUCUAUUAAUGUUUGAUACAGUUUAAUAAGUUUGAUAUUUAACUUAAUAAAUGACUAUAUUAUAACUUGGCUUAUAAUUUAAAAUAUAUUUAUGUAGGUAUUCUAAUUAUUUAACUAUUUAAAAUCAAUGAUUGACAAUUAAUUGUAUUCAAGAUUUUAAUUUAAAAACAAUUUUUAAUUUGAAUGGUAUUAAAAUUUAAAAAAAAAAAUCUGAUAUUGUGGUUGGGAGCGACCACUGUUGUAGGUGAGAUGUUGGAAAGGUAGGAUACAUAAGGUUAUUUCAUUUAUCUGUAAGCAAUGAUAAACCAUUGCUUGACGAAAGAUGAUUCCGAGUGCAGUUUGGUAACACAUAAUUUGAAGUGCCUUAAUUUUUUUUUGAGAUUUUCAUUUAAAUUUGAUUUCAAAACACUAUCCAGAUCUCUACAUAUUUUUAUAACUGAAUUAUAGCCAACAAGCUCCUAAAAAUUAAAAUUUCUUAAAAGCUCAAAAGUUUUAAUCAUGAUAUCGUAAGAAAGUAAAUUAAAAGGGCAACAAAAAAGAUAUCUUGCUAUAAAUCAUUUUUUCUGUUAGAAAACAUCAUCCGUGUUUUUAUAAAAUAAUGAAAUUGUGGAAUUGUAUGUUUCCCUAUGUUUUUUCUCACUUAAGUGAUUUUCUUUAAUUAAUGACGUUGAAAAUCAAAAAAAAAUGACUUCUUUAAAAUACUUUCUAGACAAUUCGAGCUUUUAGAAAAGUUGCUACACAUAAUAAUCAAAGUAAGUUUACCAAGAAAAAACGUGUUCACAGACUAGAAAAAAAAAGAAAGAAAGAAAGAAACAUCAUUGUAAAACCAAUAGUUCCCUCACUAUGCUCGGAAUCUAAAAAGUCCUUAUAAAAGAAGGGAAGGGUAUGAAUUGGAUUGUUUAAUUUUUUUAUUUUGAAGAGCAAAAAUAGAUCAUUGUAAUUUCUUGAUUCUAAUGCUUAAACUCAAAAUUAUAAUUUAGAUGAUUGCUCAUGAACUUCCUUUAUUUGAGUAUUUAGAAUAUAAUGACCUUUUUUUAACCAUUUGAUUAAAUAAGAAAUUGUCUAAUACUUUAUGUUAAUUAAUAUUUGAAUUAGUACAAUUUGUAUACAAGGAUACUGAACUAAUCACUGAUGAAUCAUAUAGAGAUCAGUCUUCUCGAUUUGUCUUGUUAACUGAUGUCAAUAUAAAUUAUUUCUUCUGUGCAUUAAUCAAGAUUAUUUACACAAUAGUAGAUAAUUGUGAUACUAAUCAUUUACAGUAUUUUAUUAUUAUUGUUACAGAAAAUAGAUAUAUCAGUUUUUGAAACAAAUAUUCGUUUUAUUGGUGGUUUUCUUUCUUGCUAUGCUAUGACGGGCGAUACUAUUUUCCGUGAUAAAGCAGAAUAUGUUGCAAAAAAACUAUUGCCUGCAUUUAAAACUCCUACUGGAAUUCCACAUUCAUUAGUUAAUUUAAAAUCUGGGGUAAGUAUUUGGUUUAUUUAUAACUACAGUAAUUAACGAGUUUUAUGGAGGAUGUAUUAAGUUUGUGUUUUGUUAGAUGAUGUCUUAAGAACAUUUAAUUUUUAUAUUGUUAAAGUCAAAUGAAAGAAAAAUGUAUAUAAUUUAUUUCAAAUUUUCUAUAAUAAUAAUAACAACUUUAUUGCAUUUAAAAAAAUACAUAUAUUAUACAAGUAUAAAUUUGAUUUAAAUGAUUGUCUCCAAGAAGCCUAGGCUUUUUUAUUUUAGUUAUUCGUUUUUUUUUAUUAUUAUUUUCAAUUGCUUGUAUUAUAUAAUUACAAUAUUUAUCUCUUUUGGUUACAUCACUACCCUCAAGUAGCAUAAUUUAUACUAUCAAUAUAUAUAUACAUUAAUGUAUAUGAUUUGUAAUUAUAUUUAAUAAUAUUAUGUAUUUUUACAUAUUUUUUUUUUUCAUUUAGAACAGCAAGAAUUUUUUAUGGGCUAGUGGUAGUAGUAGUAUACUAUCAGAAUUUGGUACUUUACAUUUGGAAUUUGUAUAUUUAUCUGACAUCACUGGUAAUGAUAUUUAUAGGCAAAAAGUUGAAACUAUAAGAGAGUUUGUAAGAGGUCUCGAUCGACCUAAUGGGUUGUACCCAAAUUACUUAAAUCCCAUAACUGGGAAAUGGGGCCAACGUAAGUAUUUGAGCAUUUUUUUCACUAUUCAAUCAGAAAGUUCAAUUUGUUUAACAAUAUAUCUGUGUCAAAUUUUAUCAGCACUCAUAUUAAAAAAAUAUAUUAUAUUGUCCAUUAUAUAAUACACUAAUGUUUAUAAUAGGUUUUGUUUUUUUUUAUUAAUUCAAAUUAAAAUGAAAAGGGUGUGAUUAUAAUUAUUUUUAUUUUGUCUAUUCUUUUGUUUAUCAUGUUAUGUUUUUUGUAUUUUAUAUGAAAAUUAGUUUCUUAUUCAAAAUUCAAAUUAUCAUUAUUUGUUUCAUCUUAUUUUUUAUUCAAACAUCAUACCAAAUACAUUAUUAGGUACCACUUAAAAGUUGAAAUAUUUCCAUUUUUUAUUAAUAUUAAUACAUUUAUAGUAAUUAACAAUUGUUUUUCUUAAAGGAAUAGCAAUUUAAUUCUGAAAGCUAAGUAUUAAUUUAUUACUUUGUAUUGUUAUUUUUAUAAUCCCUGAGGAAUAUAAUAUAUUUAUUGCCCUCUUAAUAAUAAUAAUAAUAAAAAGUAUUAAUUUUUAAUUAUUUAUUGAUAUUUGUUUAGUAUAUGAUUACCAAGCAAACACCGAGUUUACCUGCUUGUAUAAACUAUUAAUAAUUAAAUAAUUACCUACUCUUUUUUCUUUACAUCAUUCUAUUUGUAUUCAUAUUUAUACUGUAUUGUUUAGGUCAUGUAUCACUUGGUGCCCUUGGGGAUAGUUUUUAUGAAUAUUUGUUGAAAGCAUAUAUACAAUCGAACGGUAAAGAUUUAAUAGCGCGGGAUAUGUUUGAUGACGCUAUGGCAAGUGUAAUGGAUAAUCUGGUACAGACAUCUGCAUCUGGACUUACAUAUUUAGCUGACAUGCGUUUUGACCGCCUUGAACAUAAAAUGGAUCACUUAACGUGUUUUGCAGGUAUACCAAGUUGAAAUUUUGAUAUUAAAUUUUUUUUUUUUUUUUUCAUAAACAAAUUAUAAAAAAAAUUUUAGUUCUAACUUAAAUGUUAUUUGUACAACUAUAAAAAAACUUUUAUUUGGUAAUUUAAAAAAUAAUGUUAUUGUAAUUCAGGUGGAAUGUUUGCACUUGCUGGUGAAAGUCUAGGUAGUGAUUCAUCCAAACACUAUAGUGAACUUGGAGCUAGUUUAACAGAAACAUGUCAUAUAGCUUAUGAUAAAACAGCUACUAAAUUGGGACCUGAAGCUUUUAGGUUUACAGAUAAUAACGAGGCAGUUGCAGUACGCGGCAAUGAAAAACAUAACAUUCUUCGACCUGAAACAAUUGAAUCAUAUUUUGUGUUAUGGCGCUUGACUCAUGAUAAUAAAUACAGAGAAUGGGGAUGGGAAGCCGCACAAGUAAGGUCUAUUUGUAUUUCUAAAAAAAAAAAUUAUUCUUAUGAACUAUAAAUAAUUAUAAAAUAUGCCAAUUUUUCAAUCCGAUUACUUUUUAAGAUGCAUAUAAUUAAGUUAUAAUUUUUUUCAAAGGCUUUUGAAAAAUACUGUAAAGUAUCAGGAGGAUAUAGUGGAAUUAGAGAUGUUUACCAAAUAGAUACAAUUAAAGAUGAUGUUCAACAAAGUUAUUUCUUAGCAGAGACUUUAAAAGUAUGUAUUUGAAAAUAAAAACUAUAAUAAUAUAAAUUUAAUAAUUUUUUUUUUUUAGUAUUUAUACCUGUUAUUCAGUGAUGAUAGUCUCAUUCCACUGGAUAAAUGGGUAUUUAAUUCAGAAGCUCAUCCACUUCCUGUUAGAGAUCAAAACUCUCUGUAUCGAAUGUAUCAGUCUGAAGGAGUUGUAUUAUAACUGUUAUAAAUUAUAUAACGUAAUAAUAUAUGAACACAAUUAAAAUACCAAUUCAUUUAUUUGAAUGUUGAAUUGAAAAUAUAUAGGUAUUUCAAAAGUUGAAUUUUAGUUUUAUGGGAAUAUUUCAAUUUCAUGAAAUUAAUAUUGGAAUUGAAUAUUUUUGUACUAUUAUUAUGAUUAUUGAAAUUUAAAAUAUAUAUGAUGAUAUAAUAGGCUUGUUUAAAUUGUACAUAACAAAAAUGGAUGGUGAUUACUUUUGUUUAUUACCAACUAUAAUUCAUUUUGUUAUGACAAUUUAUAUGGCUUUGUAUCUUUAUAUUAUAUAUAUGUGUAGAAUUUUUUUUAAAUUGAAAUUGACUAUUUUAAAACAACUUUUUUAUGAUUGCAUACAAUUAAUUUUCUGUGAUACUAAAUUAAUAUCUGUAGAUAUAAUUCAAAUUUUUAAUUAAUUGUUUAUAACAUUUUUUUUUCUGUUUAAAAAUACUUAGUUUUCUUUUUGUUUUUAAUACAUUUUAUUUGUAUUAUUAUAUGUAUUUUAUAUCUGUUCUUUAUGAAUAAGUUCUAAUAUUGAUUUAUUUUUAAAAAAAAAACAACUUAAUUAAACACUUUUAAAAUCUAAAUAGUAUACACCAUUCUUUGUUUGCUUGGGUAAAUAUAGAGAACAUUUGUAAUUAUCUAUUCUUAGAAUAGAUAAUCAAAUGUUAAAAAAUGUAUUCAAAAUAUUGAUUGAGUAGUAUUACAUAAUAAUUUAAAUCAAUUGAAGAUGUAAUGUUAAUUUAACGUUUUUAUAUAUUUAAAAUUUGUAGAACGAAUAUAUAAUGGUGAUAUAUUAUAUUUUAUUAUAAAUUAUCCUAAACAAACAUCUUUGAUGACCUUUAGUUGUGAAUUUAUUAGUUACAUAUUGCAUGUAGUUAAAGGUAACUAAAAAUAACUAUAGUAUUAUAAUUUUGUGUUUGUACAAAAGGUGCACAUAUUAGAUUUUUCUAUGCAUAUUUUGGUUGUUAUCAAAAUUAUCAGUGGCGCCCAAACUAUAUUUUCAUGGUUUAAUAGAGUUUGAAAUUCAAAAAACAUCAUCUUUCUCAAAAACCUUUACCUAUAUAAAUAUAUACUUUCCAACCCCUACAAUCUACCACUUUGAAUGUUUUACCCAUUCUAUCUGACUAUACCAAACCCCAAAUUAUUGAUAACAUCCUACCCACCCAAAAUAUAAUGUGCAUCAACUGCUACAUUCAAAGUAUAGUUUGGGUGCCACUGAUUAUUAUUAUUAAUGAUACCUGUAAUUUUUGUAACUAAGUGGUGAUUAUUGAUCAUAUUUUUUUUAACCAAGGUAAUAAUUAAUCUGUAAACUUAGUAAUUUUCAAGUAUAAAAAAACCUAAAAUUCAUAAAUAUUGAUCAUCACACAGAAACACUUCUAAAUAAUGUAUACAAUAAUAUGUAUAAAUAAUUAAUAUUCAUAUACUUAUUGUGCAACAGCACGUUUCUUAUAUUCUGAGGUUUUUCAGUUAUAUCCUAAACCUUUUUUCUUUUAGUAUAAUUAAAAUCGUUCUGGCUAAUCAUUAGAGUAUUGGUAGAUUUCAAUAAAAACCUCGUUUGUUAAAUUUGUUUGCGCUGUUGUGAUAAAAAUAAUUUCUUUACAUUAAUAGAAAGUACUCCUAUAAAUGUAUAUUCUAAUUAUUAAUAUAAUUCUAUUACUAUAUUAUUUGCAUUUAUACUUUUAAUACAUAAAAUUAAAUUUAUAAUGCUCAAUAAGUAUUACAAAUUAUCUAAAAUAUUAUUUUACAAAGGUUUAAUGUAAAUUGUACAAUUAAUUGUUUUAUUUUUUUUACUCGAAGUGACAAAAAAUGCAGCAUUGUAUAUUUUUCUCUGUAACAAUAGUAAAUAGUGUAUACUCUACAAACUUGGUAUAAUAUUCUAUAUCAAAUAAAUUACUUGUGAAACAACUAUGUAUUUAAUUUUAAUAGAUUAUUUAUUAGUUAUUACCGUAACACUAAUAAUUGGGUUUAUUCUUUUAUUUUAUCUUUUGGGUAUAAUUAUUUGCGGUGGUAUAUAUUUUGUUAUUAAUUGUUUACAUUAAGAUAUUUUUUUGAUUUAAUGAUUUUUUUUGUAAAUGAAAAUUACAAUAUUUAAUAAAUAACAUUCAUGCACGUUAUUGAAAUAAGUUAAUAUUUCCAUCAAAUAUAUCCCCACUUGCUAAUUGAACAAGUACAUAUUAUAAUUAAUUACUAACUAUUUUAAUAACAUAGUACCAUAUAGAAUGAUUUGUUAAAUAUGUCUGAUUUUUUUUGUAUUAUAAAUUUUUUGAGUUUUGCCCACCACAAAAUGUUAUGUAUCCAGUAUAUUUUGUCAGUUUAUUUGUGCAGAAAUAAAGUUUUGCUUGUACAGCAUGUACAAAAUCAAAUAUCGAGAGCUGCGAGCCAAAACCUCAUAACUCAAUUUUUACAAAUUGUUCAGGACAGUUAUAAAACGUUUGUUUAGUUAUUAUUUAAUAUCAGAAUUCUAAUUAAUUACUAAUUCAAUUAUUUAUAAUGUACUUAAUUAGUUUAUACACAUCAUAAUUUUUACAGUGCAUAAAACAUUAAAAAAAAAGAUUUAUUAAGUAAAAAAAACAAUAUUUGAAAAAUGUCAGUCACAAGGUUUUUGCAAGCAGCUGUCAAUAUGUAUUUUUAUAUUUUAAAAUAAUAGUUCAAUUACAUAAAUAAAAAAUAAGAAAUUGUUAAUUUAAGCACCUAUUCAUAAUAUAAAUUAAGUUUUUUGUUUUCUUGUAGUUCAUUAACUACCAUUUAUUGUUUGUACAGUUUAAUUUCUUAUUAGCUAUACAACAUUAUAGGUUUUUCUGUUACAUAUAAUUAUAAUUUAUUUACUUUUUAAUAUUUUAUAAAUACAAUUACUUGAAUUGUAAUUUAUGAUAAAUUUUAUAUUGUUCAAAACGAAUAAUUUAAUAUUAUGUUUGCAUUUAUUUUCAAAGUGUAAUUGAUUGUACAAACUAAAAAUAGUAAAGAAUGUAUAUAAUAAUAUAAUAGCAUAAUAUGAAUGGAAAUAAUUGACUUUUGCACUAAUACUAUAUAUUAAUUAUUAUUACCUAUAGAAAUUUGUUGAGUAACUAAAUUAUAAAUUAUAUUUGAAGUGUUAUUAUGCUUUUAGUUGAUUUUAGAUAAAAAUUAAUUUAUAAGUGUGUUAAAAAUGAAUUUGUUAAAAAUAAAAAUAGUUUUUUGCAUUUUAUACUACAUUAAAAUAUUAUGUUAAAAAAUUGUAUAAAUUAAAAU